AUUGGGCCCACGAUCUCCUUAAACUUUCAGCGGUUUCGUUACCCAUGAGGCUACUCAAAAUCCCAUAGUUCUUUCUCUCUUAGCCAACAUCCAAAAUGGUGAAGGUCAAAGCUCACGAACUUCGAGGGAAGAAAAAAGAAGAUCUUUUAAGGCAGCUCGAUGAACUGAAGAAUGAGUUGGCCUCCUUAGAAGUCGCCAAGGUUACUGGAGGGGCUGCAUCCAAGCUGUCCAAAAUAAAACUUGUUCGCAAAUCCAUUGCUCGAGUUUUGACUGUUAUCAGCCAGACUCAGCGUGAAAACCUGCGCAAGUUCUACAAAUCCAAGAAGUUUAAACCUCUUGAUCUCAGACCCAAGAAGACGCGUGCCAUGAGACGUGCUUUUACUAAGCAUGAGGCAUCCCUUAAGACCAAGAAGCAGCAGAAGAAACUCGCACACUUCUCAUUGAGAAAAUAUGCUGUAAAGGAGUAACUUUCUGCUUUUCAAUAAAUGCCAUGUAUAAAUAACAAGAAAUGUUGUUUUCUUGGUUUGUGUUUUAAGCCAGUACUUUAAUUGUUUUUCUCCUUGGGAAGUGCUUUUAUAAAAUGCCAUUCUAAGGAAAACACAGUAAAAAAAAUCUGCUAACACCAUGA